AUGGUCAAUACCGCUAAAUCUGGACCGGGGAUCUAUUCUGCUACCUAUAGCAAUGUUCCUGUGUACGAAUAUUUGUUCGGAGAGGCUCUCAAGGAACAUGUAAUGAGAAGGCGACAUGAUGAUUGGAUUAAUGCGACACAUAUAUUAAAAGCUGCUGGAUUCGAUAAACCUGCUAGGACGAGGAUCCUUGAAAGAGAGGUCCAAAAGGAAGAACAUGAAAAGAUUCAAGGUGGAUAUGGAAAAUAUCAAGGUACUUGGGUUCCUCUCGAGAAAGGUCAAGCUUUGGCGCAAAGAAACAAUAUUUAUGAAAAGCUUCGUGCGAUUUUCGAAUACACACCUGGUGAACUUAGUCCCCCGCCAGCACCUAAGCAUGCUACGAAUAAGCCAAAGGUCAAGAAACCAGCAGUACCAAAAUGGGGAGCGAAACCGGUGCCAAUUCAACAAGCUGUGAUUGCCCGGCAAGUCGAGGAGAAUUACGAUAAUAUAAGCACUCAAUUAAAUGAUGAUGAAAGUGUGGCAGAUGAUGUUACAGUUGCUUCCGCUUCAUAUAUGGCCGAAGAUGAUCGAUUCGAUAUGCCUCAACCACCUACCGGACAUCGAAAGCGGAAAAGAGAUCGUGAGAGGGAUGAAUUUCAACAAGAUGAUCCCGUUGAUCUUCGUGCACAAGCGCAUCUUAUGUGGGCCGAUGAACUUUUGGAUUACUUCAUGGCACCUCCUACCGAUGCGAAUUUAAUGGAUAGGAGACCAGAACCGCCCAUAAAUUUCGAACCCGACUUCAUUAUUGAUACAGAUGGCCAUACCGGUUUACAUUGGGCUGCAUCAAUAGGUGAUCUUGAUAUAUUGAAACAACUCAAGAGAUUCGGUGCAAAUCUUAGAUUGUUGGAUGCCCGAGAUAUUAAUGGAAAUACUGCAAUCCAUAUUGCCGCGAAGAACAAAGCUAGGAAAUGUGUACGAGCUUUGAUGGGUCGCGGUGCUUCUACAGAUAUUUUAAAUGAUAUGGGUGAAACGGCUGAGGAAAUAAUUCAAGAUCUGAACGCUUCUCGCAGAUCCGAGAGAUAUCAACAAGCUGCUUCCUCUUCACCUUUUGCUCCGGAUUCGGCUCGUCACGUAUCUCAUUACGAUGCUUCUUGGAACAGGAAGAUCCCAAGAGGCAUACAUGCGUUGGCUUGUAGCUUCGAUGAGGAAUUGGCGGAGAAGGAAAAUGCAGAGGCAGAUAGUAAGAGGAUUUUAGAGGGGGUGAGGAUGGAGUUGGCGGGAGUCAGAGAACAGGCUAGACACUUAGCAGGGGAAGAAGAAGGCGAGGAAAAUGCCAUUGCAGCAAAAGCCCAUCUCGUGGGUUUGCAAGAAAGAGUCCAAAGUUUGGUAGAGAGGCAACAACAACUUCUGUUGCUCUCUCGUACACAACAUGAAGGGUCAAAGAUAAAUGGUCAUGGAGGUGGCCAAGUUAAUGGAACAGGGGAUUUGGAGGAUGGAGACAAUGAUAGAAUAUUAGCGGCGCAACAAUUACAUGAAGAAAUCCAAAGGAGAAAGGCAUUAGUGGGGGAAUAUAUUGGAGCGCUUGGGGUUGCUGGUGGUGGUGAUGAGGGAGAAUUAUAUAAGAGGGUUAUUGUAAGGGAUUUGGGAGUGGAUGAAGGAGAAGGGGGAUUAAGUGAUGAGGGAUUGGAUGCAUUAAUAGCGAAUUUGGAGGAGGAAAGAGGAGGUGUGGGGUUAGAAAGGGAAGUUGGUGAUGAGUUAUAG